ACCUACACCUACUGCAUGCGCUUGAGGUGUCUACAAAAAACACCUCUCUCUCUCUCACAUUCUCACUCUGUGUGUGCGUCUUCGUCUUCGUCUUCAAAAGCGAAAACUCAUAAUCAUAUUUGGGUCAUUUGAGUUUUGUGGGGCUAUUCAUUCAUAUUAAUCAUCAUUGAUAUUUGAUAAUAAUGGGAAGAAAGAGGAGUUCGCCUGUGAGCGUUUUGUUUGGGUGGGUGAGGAAGCAAUCUGUGAAAGUCAAAAUCUUUCUGGGCGUAUUUCUUGCUCUCUGUGCUUUGGUGGCUCUCAAGUUUACGAUUAAGGAUCACAAUUCUUUCUUUAUUUCCUCCGAAGCCGUUCACCUUGCUGGGAUUCUUGUCCUCUUCUACAAGCUCCUUACUCAGAAGACAUGCUCUGGUCUGUCACUGAAGAUGCAGGAGCUCACAGCUCUGUUCUUAACUGUGAGAUUAAUUUGCAGCUUCUUGAUGGAGCAAGACAUCCACACCGUGCUGGAUUUUAUAUCUCUCUUGUCAACAUUACUGAUCAUCUACUGGAUAAGGUUCAAGUUGAAAUCGUCCUAUAUCAAGGAACUUGACACCUUGAAACUAUUAUUUUUGGUGGUGCCUGCAGCAAUCCUUGCUGUACUGGUUAAUCCCAGGACAAGGCAUGCUAAAUUGAGUAAUAUCCUUUGGGCAUUUUGUGUGUAUUUGGAAGCUGUUUCUGUACUACCUCAAGUUCGCUUCAUGCAGAAUGCGAAGAUUGUUGAAACAUUUACAGGGUAUUAUGUAUUUGCAUUGGGUGUUUCAAGAUUCUUGGCGUUGGCUCAUUGGAUUAUUCAGAUCUAUGAGACUAGAGGGGCAUAUUUAUUUCUGAUAGGGAGUGGAUAUUUCUGGUUCUUGGCAGCCUUCCUCUCAGAAAUGGUUCAGUCAUUCAUCUUAGCUGAUUUCUGCUACUAUUAUGUCAAGAGCAUCAUGCAAGGACAGCUUUUGAGGAAGAUGCCUGUGUGUAGUGUGAAUAGUGAUAACAAUCUCCCCUUGCAACAUUGUAAAUGAAUGUCCGAUGUUAAAAAGAGUUAAAGCAUACAGUGACUUUGAAGGCUGAUGAUGAUUGUUUUGUUUAUCAUUUUGUUUUUGUUUUUUUUUUUUUUUAAUAUUUGAGUUUCAUAGCUCUGAGGUAUACUCAUGUGAAACCUGAUACUAUUUUUGAGCUUCAAGUGUUCAACUUUACAUUGACAUUUUAAUUUUUUUUUUUAUUCUAAUGACAUUU